CUCAGGAGGCGGAGGCAGAAGAAUCGCCUGAACCUGGGAGGUGGAGGUUGCAGUGAGCCGAGAUUGUGCCUGAGCGACAGAGUGAGACUCCAUCUCAAAUAAAUAAAUAAAUAAAGGAAGACUGCAAAGAGGAGUGAGGGUCCCUCCAAAAGCUUGGAAAUAAAGCUGAAGAGAGAAUGUGGGAGAGGGGACAUGGAGGAAUUCAGAGGGCAAGAAUCUGUUGUAUAGUCAGCACUGAAGACCUGGUGAUGAACUCAAGUCUCAGAAAAGAAGGUAGCUUGCCCAAGUCACAUGGCCUGGCAGCAUGAUGGAUGAGCAGUGGAAAGCCCUUCUAUGAAACAUGCCAGACCUGUUGCAAUCGUAUCUCUCCCGACGGGCCAGAAUUCUGCUUCCCUGAAGACAUACUAAAUUGUGCUCUGGAUUUAUAUGUGGGUGGUGACCUGCCUCUGUGCUCCCAAAGGAGGUCUGUCUGCAGAUGCCCAGCAGAGGAAGAAACAGAUGACAACAGGGGGAGGUUUCAACCCUCUUCCCAAGAGCCUUGGAACUUCAUGGAAAGUGACAGCCCUUUAAGAGUUUCCCAACUUCUGCAGAUCCUUCUCUCUUUCCCAAACAACCUGCCAGUUUUCAGUUUUGAUACACAGUGAGGAUUUAUUCUCUCUCUCUCUCUUUCUCUCCUGCCUAGCUAUCUCUAUCUCUAACUUUGUCUUUCUGUCUCUCUCUUAAGAAGUGGCCAAAGGACCCUGGAGCCUCUGAUGCUCAGCCUUCAAGUCCUCCUUGGCAGAACCUGGGUAGAAAGAAAAUGCGUAGGCAGAGGGUUAGGAGUAACAGCUCCUCAUCUUGAAUCUAGCCUUUCCUGGAGCCGUAUACACCUGGGAGUCCCCCAGCACAUUACCAAAUACUGUAGAAGGAAGUCCAUGAAGCACCCAUUGACCACAGCCAUACAUCCACGCGGGGAUGGAGUAGUAAAAUACGCUCUUGAACGUGCCUGGGUCCGGCACUUCACCGGCCCUCAUGGCCUCGUCCCUGCUUGUCUGGCUCUCCGUGGCUGUGAUCUGCUUCUGCCAGCCUACGCAUUUUUGUAUCUUUUUCUCAUUGCAUGGCCCCUUGUCUUUAAAAGGCUAAACUGCUCUGUACUAAAUUUGGUCACGCAGCGCUCCAAGAUUCCCUGGAAUGUCCUCAAGUUUCAAACAGCUCUGACAGCGAGGUAGGACCGCCCCCAGCUUAGGGAUUGGCUUCUCCUCUCUGGGCCCGGCAGUUGUUGGGUCUUAUUGGCCGCUGAUUAGUCCAGCCGGGGUCCACUAGCCCUGGGCUGCAGGGAGGCUGCUGCUUCCAGUGAACACUUUAGCACCUGUAGCACAGAAGGGCCAAGGAGCUGCAGUCCUCGACCAGCCGGGGGUUUGCUCCUCAGCCCACUCCCUGCAUCCAGAUCAGCUCACCCCUCUCCCUUCCCUACCCACCAGGACUCUGAUAGCCCCUGGCAGCCACAGCCCAUUUUGCCAAGAUGUCUAGGGUAGCCAAAUAUCGCCGGCAGGUGAGUGAAGACCCUGACAUCGACAGCCUGCUGGAGACGCUGUCUCCCGAGGAGAUGGAGGAGUUGGAGAAGGAGCUGGACGUGGUGGACCCAGACGGGAGUGUUCCCGUGGGGCUGCGGCAGAGAAACCAGACAGAGAAACAGUCCACGGGUGUGUACAACCGGGAGGCCAUGCUCAACUUCUGUGAAAAGGAGACCAAGAAACUUAUGCAGAGGGAGAUGUCCAUGGAUGAAAGCAAGCAAGUGGAGACCAAGACAGAUGCCAAGAAUGGAGAGGAAAGGGGCAGAGAUGCCAGCAAAAAAGCCCUGGGCCCCAGACGGGACUCAGAUCUGGGGAAGGAGCCAAAGAGGGGUGGUUUAAAGAAAAGCUUCUCUAGAGACAGAGAUGAAGCUGAUGGCAAGAGUGGCGAGAAGCCCAAGGAGGAGAAGAUCAUCCGGGGCAUUGACAAGGGCCGAGUCAGGGCUGCAGUGGAUAAGAAGGAGGCAGGGAAAGAUGGGAGAGCAGAGGAGAGGGCAGUGGCCACCAAGAAGGAAGAGGAGAAGAAAGGGAGUGACAGGAACACAGGCUUGAGCAGGGACAAGGAUAAAAAGAGAGAGGAGAUGAAGGAGGUGGCCAAGAAAGAGGAUGAUGAGAAGGUAAAAGGGGAGCGUAGGAACACAGACACCAGAAAAGAGGCUGAGAAGAUGAAAAGAGCAGGUGGGAACACAGACAUGAAAAAGGAGGAUGAGAAGGUAAAAAGAGGAGCUGGGAACACAGACACCAAAAAGGAGAAUGAAAAAGUCAACAAGGAUGAACCCUUACAUGAAAAGGAAGCCAAGGAAGACAGCAAGACUAAAACACCCGAGAAACAGAUGCCCAGUGGCCCCACCAAGCCCUCUGAAGGACCGGCCAAGGCGGAGGAGGAGGCAGCUCCCAGCAUAUUUGAUGAGCCUCUGGAGAGAGUGAAGAACAAUGACCCUGAGAUGACUGAGGUGAAUGUCAACAACUCAGACUGCAUCACAAAUGAGAUCUUGGUCCGGUUUACUGAGGCUCUGGAGUUCAACACUGUGGUUAAGGUGUUUGCCUUGGCCAACACGCGAGCCGAUGACCACGUGGCCUUUGCCAUUGCCAUCAUGCUGAAGGCCAACAAGACCAUCACCAGCCUCAACCUGGACUCCAACCACAUCACAGGCAAAGGUAUCCUGGCCAUCUUCCGGGCCCUCCUCCAGAACAACACACUGACCGAGCUCCGCUUCCACAACCAGCGACACAUCUGUGGAGGCAAGACGGAGAUGGAGAUCGCCAAGCUGCUGAAGGAGAAUACUACCCUGCUCAAGCUGGGCUACCAUUUUGAGCUGGCUGGGCCCCGAAUGACCGUCACCAAUCUGCUCAGCCGCAACAUGGACAAGCAGAGACAAAAGCGGCUGCAGGAGCAAAGGCAGGCACAGGAAGCCAAGGGAGAGAAGAAGGAUCUGCUGGAAGUACCCAAGGCCGGGGCUCUGGCCAAGGGCUCCCCAAAACCUUCACCUCAACCAUCUCCAAAGCCCUCUCCAAAGAACUCACCCAAAAAAGGGGGUGCUCCAGCUGCCCCACCUCCCCCUCCCCCUCCCUUAGCUCCACCCCUUAUCAUGGAAAACCUGAAGAAUUCACUCUCACCAGCUACCCAGAGGAAGAUGGGAGACAAAGUCCUCCCUGCCCAGGAGAAGAACUCCCGUGACCAGCUAUUGGCCGCCAUCCGCUCCAGCAACCUCAAGCAGCUCAAGAAGGUUGAAGUGCCCAAACUGCUUCAGUAGGACCAGGCUACCAGGCACCAUCUGCCAAUGCCAUGACUGCUCAGGCCUCACCUCCCAGGGCUACACAGACCCUGCCCACCCCGUCCCUGGCUGACCUGCUGUGGAUGUCCCUAUUCUGCCAUGGGACAGUCAAGGCCUGGGUCACGCUCAAGGAAGGAUGCCUUAUCUCUUCUCGCUUUCCUUUUCUUGUCUCUGAGGCUCUCCAAAUUUUGCUUUAAUACCUGGAGCUCAGGUUUCCGGACAAGAAGAGUCCUUUUAGCACAUCGCUGAGAAGAUGGCACUGUCCAGGGCCCAUGUAGCUGGCAAGCUGCAAAAGACCUGUGAUCCAGGAAAGAUGUCCCACAGGGACCACAUCCACCCCAGCCCCACUGCCCUCUAGGGCCAGGAUUCAGGCCUCUGAGGAGCCCAUGGGGCAAAGCUGCUGGGCCAGUGGCACUCUGUGUGGGACAA